UCGAUCCAUCCAGCCAUCCAGCGCCAGUCUUCCGCUUCGCACAAGCCAAACGCUCGAUCGAUCGCUAGUUUUUUUUUUUUUUGGUUCUCUACGCGCGCUCCCACAGCAGGUUUUUGUCGCAGCGCAGCGUAGGCACCCGACCGAGUACGUCGAUGGCGGCGCACGGGCGGGCGAUGAGGUGCGUGCUCCUGGCGUGCCUGGUGGCGGCCUCGGCGUCGUCCACCGCGUCCGCGUUCGUGUUCAAGGCGGGCGGCACGGGCGAGUGGCGCGUCCCCGCGCAGCCCGCCGGCGCCAACGCCUCCAACGCCUACAACGCCUGGGCGCAGCGCAACCGCUUCCGCGUCGGGGACGCCAUCGCUUUCACGUACCAGCCCGGCAACGACUCGGUGCUCCUCGUCGACAGGAAAGCCUACGACGCCUGCGACACGGGCGCGCCGAUGGACACCUUCACCGACGGCAACACCGUCUUCACCUUCACCCACUCCGGGCCCUUCUACUUCAUCAGCGGCAACAAGGACAACUGCAACCGCGACGAGAAGCUCAUCGUCGUCGUCAUGGGCGAGCGCGCGGCCGUCGCCAACGCCACCCAGCCGGGCGCGGGGCUGGCGCCGUCGCCCAACAGCGGACCAUACUCGGCCUACUCCCCGCCGCCGCCUUUCGGCAUCGAGAUCUCGCCGGCGGCGUACCCGCCACCGAGCGCCGCGGCCCCGAAGGUGGCGGGAAUUGCCGGCACUGCCGCGCUUGCCAUUGGAGCGCUGUUCUACGCUCUUGUUUGACAUGUCUGUUUUUGUUUAAAAAUGCGCGCGCAGUGGAUGGAGAGGAUCAUACGGCUGCUUCGCUAGCUUACCCACGUUGUAUGUAUCGAGAUAUGCCGAUUGAUUUGAGUGAACUUGUUUUUAAUGUUUAAUAAUGUUAUCAAAUGUUGAUGUAAUGUAUGUAUUGUUGAUGAAAUUCAAUGCUGUUGGAAAUUAAUGUGAUUUUUAGUCCAA